AUGGCUACGAAUACGAGCCAGGCUGGAGGAGGCGCACCUGUACCACAACAGCCUCAGACACAGGACAUACAGGCACAGAAUACUGGUCCACCCGAUCCCCCGCGUCCUGUAACAUGGGCUCCAUUGAACCUGAAAAAUACGACGGACUGGAAUGCGGAACAUCAUGAACAAGCAUAUUUCGAAGAGAUCAAUGAUCGACUUACAAAGGUAGUGGCAUCCAGGAAAGACAAGGAAAAUAACAACAUCCUUAGCGAAUUCCUAAAAUUGAAAGUUAUCAGAAGUCUCAAACGCGCGACCAGACAUGGUUCUAUCGAAUAUGAGCAAGAGUGGACUGCCCACAGAUAUCUCGGCAGUGGGAGUUUCGGCUGUGUAGCUCUAUGGGUUAGAAAGAACGAAAAGGGAGAGAUCACAGACGAGAUGGCAAUUAAGCAGGCAGAUUACAAUCCCAUUGCCGCAUGGUCCCAGGAACCGCCACUCUCGAAGGAGGCUGUAAUUCAAAACCAUCUAAACACAAGCAAAGUGGAGAACUUCGUUUACCUGCGAGAUUUUAAAGCGAUAGAUGGUCGUCCUCUUACUGUUGACUCCGAUGCUACUCCUUCGCCGAAGAGGCGAAGACUUUUGAAAUGGCAUUAUUAUCUGGAAUUUGCGCCCUACGGCGAUCUCAGUCGUCUGAUGGAUCGCUACCGGGCAUGGAACCGGUAUUUGCCAGAGAAAUUUCUUUGGCAUGUGUUUGACAGCCUGGCACGAGCUGUAUGCUGUCUUACGGACCAUCCGACAAAUAUGCAGAGUCUCCCAAAAGGGGACGUUAACCCCCUAGCUCAUGAAAGAGUCGUCCACUUCGACAUCAAGCCCGAAAAUAUCUUCCUCGGCUACGAGAAGCCUGUCAACAACUCAGAGAAGUCUUUGUACGGGGGUAUAGCCAAAUUCGAUGAUGUGGUAACAUGCUUUCCUAUGAUAAAGUUGGGCGACUUUGGUAUCGCCGAGUUUACCGCCUAUCCAGACAAAUCUCGCAAAAAUCCGAAAAGUUUCUGGAGAAUAGGAACCGGGUUCUACAGAUCGCCCGAAAUGAUUCAUUAUGGUUUAGAUUGGCCCAAGCCUCCUAAUGGGAAACAACCCCCUAAAAAGACUACGUACAAACUCGAGGGCGAAAAGUCUCGCCGUAAAACAGUCGCAAGGCCGCCUGAAGAGGUACAAGAGGAAAUAGAUGAUCCAGGUUUCGGCUUGGAACAACCUACGAACGUGUGGGGUAUUGGCAAGGUUAUGUUCGACUUGAUUACUUUGGCCAGACCGUCAGACUAUGCCGCAAUGUCCACUCAGGACUUCGAGCAAUAUCAGCGGAAUGACCAACACGCUCUUCCUGACUUUACUGAGACACCUUUUCUGUUCUCAAAUCGUCGCAGGCGUGAAGUCGACCCUGUAACGGAGCGACGCACUUAUAAAUCCAGUCCAUAUAGCGGUGAAUUAAUGAAGCUCGUGGCUCGUUGCAUGAAACCGAGUAUCAAAGAUAGGAUACUUCCUGCCGAACUGCUCGAACAGACUGCAGCCGGACUCAAGCAGUUUGCUUACCCUGAUCUGGAAUCAUCAGAGGGGGAACUAGAACCGGAUUCUGAGGGCACUACCACAGAAGCGACUGAACCAGAAACUGCUUCUGAGAACACCACCACAGAGGUGGCUGCUGUACCACCAUCUUUAGAAGUUUACUACAAGUCGAAUGAAAUCAACGAAAUGGAAGUUGGUGAUGAAGAUUUUCUCCGACAGUCAGAUGAUGUGGGCGACUUACUAGGUGUAGAUAAUUUGGAUCCUGAUUGGCAGCCACUAAUUCUACCAGUUGAGGUCUGGAACCACUAUAUUCGAAAAUCGGAGAAAUCGCGUGGUCAGACGGCUGAAACGCUUCAACCUCAAGAUCAAGAAAGAAAAGACGAGGCCGUGGUUCCACCAAGGGAUCCCAAUGUAUCCUCCAUUGAAGCCCCCCAUUCGCUGGGUGCGAACAGAGUGGCGACACAACCAUCGGAUCCACAACCUGGGGAUGAGCCACAGGGAGAAGCGUCAGCGGUAAGGCAGGAAGCCCUAACCUCGCAGCCUGGUGAAAGAUUGCGAAUGCAAUCACAAGAAGUACAGCAUGAGGAUGAGGCACCAGCUCGGCUGGAGGCGUCAGCUAAGCAGAAGACGAAGACAGAGGCAAGACCAGUACGACAACAACCGAAACGAGCAGUGAAGAAGGAGCGAGAAGUUACACUUCCUAAGCCACAGCGCCCGAAACGAAAAGCAGCUGAGUCAGCGGCGGGAGGGGAUGGAGGUGCUAAAAGACGAAGAGCUAAUAGGUAG